AUGGACGGCUUCCUAGCCGCCUACCCCGACGAGCUCAUCCCACUCCAGACGACCCACUCGCCCAAAUACCUCGGACUGCAGCGCACCGGCGUGUGGAACGAAUCCAACUAUGGCGAGGGCGUAAUCAUCGGCGUCCUCGACACCGGAAUUAAUCCGGACCACCCCUCCUUCGGUUGCGAUUUGCCGCCGCCUCCCUCUAGCUGGAAGGGGCAGUGCGAGUUCGGGCCUGACCGAUGCAACAACAAGCUCAUCGGUGCGAGGGGCCUUCACUCUCGGCCUGAGAGCGAUGCAGGGCGGAGGACUCACCGGCGAGAUUUAUCUGGGGACGGCACCAUUCGACAUCAAUGGACACGGCACACACGUCACGAGCAUUGCUGCGGGCUGUUUUGUCGACGGCGCCGCCUCGUAUGGGAAUGCUCAAGGCACGGCGGUGGGCAUGGCUCCCAGGGCCUACCUCUCCGUCUAUAAGGUCUGCGGCUCCGGCCCCAAAGACUGCCUCUCGACCGAUAUCCUGGCGGGUCUCGACGCCGCCAUCAACGACGGGGUUCACAUCGCGUCACUGUCAAUCGCUGGUCCAUCUAGGAACUUCAGCAUUGAUCCGAUUGCCAUCGGCGCCUUCAAGGCGGUGGAGAAGGGCAUCUUCGUCGGAUGCGCCGCGGGAAACAACGGACCGUCCCCGGGCACCCUCUCCAACCAGGCGCCGUGGCUGGUUGUGGUCGGCGCGAGCACCAUGGACAGGAGCAUCCGCGCGACAGUGAGGCUCGGGAAUGGGCUCGAGUUUGACGGCGAGUCACUGUACCAGCCUUUCUCCUUCCCCCCAACUCAGCGUGGUCUCGUCACGGGCGGAUCCUGUUUAAACUUCUCGAUCAACGUGGAGGGAAAGGUGGUGUUAUGUGAUAUCACCCCACACGUGUGGCGGGUUGACCAAAGUCUCCUGGUGCGGAACGCCGGCGGUGCAGCCAUGAUACUGGCGAACAGCGCGAGAGAGGGGAACACCACCAUCACAGACGCCCACGUCCUUCCGGCAUCCCACGUCAGCUUUUACGCCGGAUUGGUGAUCAAACAGUACAUAGCGUCUAGCAGCAGUGCGACGGCUACCAUCGUCUUCAAGGGCGCCGUUACUGGAGGGCCGUUCACGCCAGCGAUGGCGUACUUCUCUUCGAGGGGACCCAGCACCGCCAGCCCAGGAAUCCUGAAGCCAGACAUCGUCGCCCCAGGGGUCAACAUCCUUGCGGCGUGGCCUACACCGGUGGGAUCCCCCGACGACCAGUUGUCUUUCAACAUAAUCUCCGGUACCUCCAUGGCCACACCCCACGUGAGCGGCGUAGCAGCGCUGAUCAAGUCCGCUCAUCCCACCUGGUCGCCGCCGGCAAUAAUCAAGUCGGCUCUGAUGACCUCGACGUACAUAUGGGGAACCAUAAAGAACCGGAUCACGAACCACGUGGGGAUGCAGGCAACAGGCUUUGACAUGGGUGCGGGAGAGGUCGACCCUUAUUGGGCCCUUAAGGCUAGUGGUUUACAAAAUCACCUUAAGCGACUACAUCGCAUAUUUGUGCGGCCUUGGAUAUACAGAUCAGGAGAUCGGCAUAAUCACGGGCGGCGCCGUGGACUGCUCGUCAGUUAUUUCUAUCAAGGAGGGCGAGCUGAACUAUCCCACCUUUCGGAUCUUCCUGACCGAUGA